GGCUGCGCCGCGGGGCGCAGGCUCGGAGCCCACCGUUCUCUGCCCGGAGGGCAUCCCAGCCCCUUGGCGGCGAGAGGCGGAGCCGGAGCCUGGGCGGUGGGCUCCAGGUGGGCUCUGGGAAGGAUGAAGCAGGCCCUGGUGGACGACACUGAGGACGUGUCCCUGGACUUUGGCAAUGAAGAGGAGCUGGCCUUUCGGAAAGCCAAGAUCAGGCACCCCUUGGUCACCUUUUUCCACCUGUUUUUCCGAGUGAGUGCCAUCGUCACCUAUGUGUGCUGUGACUGGUUCAGCAGAAGCUUCGUGGGCUGUUUUGUCACUGUGCUGCUCCUCCUGUCUUUCGACUUCUGGUCUGUGAAGAACGUAACCGGAAGACUCAUGGUGGGCCUUCGCUGGUGGAACCAGAUAGAUGAAGAUGGGAAAAGCCACUGGAUUUUUGAAGCCGGAAAGGUCUCUCCACAUAACGUGGCGGCCACAGAAGCUGAAGCACGGGUCUUCUGGCUUGGCCUUGUCAUCUGCCCGGUGAUUUGGAUCGUGUUCUUCUUUAGCGCCUUAUUUUCCUUGAAGCUCAAGUGGCUGGCCCUCGUGAUAGCUGGGAUUUCUCUCCAAGCCGCUAACCUGUACGGCUACAUCCUUUGUAAGAUGGGCAGCGAGAGUGACGUCAGCAAACUGACAGCCAGUUUCCUGUCCCAGACGGUGUUCCAGACGGCCUGCCCAAGCGACUUUCAGAAGCCUGGCCUCGAAGGGCUGGAGAUUCACAAGCACUAGGUAAUUUCUCUGGGACCUACUCUUGAUAGUACUGCUGGUCUAGGGUGGACCCCAAC